CGUGUGUGUCAGAUAUUGUGAGAGGUAAACAUCCACCUGGUACCCAGCUGACAUACGAUCCAUUCAAUGAGAACCAAUGGGAACCAACCAUCGAUGGAAAGAGUAAAUAAGUGGAUUUUCAGCAGAACGAGAACGAUGGUUAUCGCCUUGCGGCGGCUGAGAUGUCUGAAUAGAAAGUCUAAUUUCUUUUUAAAACAAAUAACGAUUGAAAGUGGAAGUCAAUGUGGAAAAUAUUCAAUUUGUAGUCUGUAAGUGUAUCCAGUUUGGAUCUUUCUUCAGUAGUCUGCAAACAGGGUGAUGUGGACUUCGUUUUGAUUGGAACCACCAGCACACAACAGAACAGGCAGACCUCCUUAUCUGAAUUGUGCAAGACUGACCGUGUUGGUUUUGUAUGUGACCAGUCAUUGAUUUUGACGUCUAAUUUAUUCAUCCAUGCUCUAGUGGACACAGUGGGUGAUAAAUGACCUUCAAUCCCAUCAGUGCAUAGAGAGGAAUAAGGAAAUCGUCAUCAACACCGUCUACAACGAAGUUUUCCUAUUUCGGACAUGUAAUUCUUGUAGAUGAUACUACUUUUAAACAAAUUUUUGAAUUUCAAUGAGCUUUUUCAUCAACACUGACACGACUGAGCAGUGAGUAACAACAGAAUCAGUGAUUUUACAAUCAAUGAAUCAGUGAAUUGUUCAUCAUCACAAACACUUUGGCGUGAGCGUCCAUUCGGAAAGCCUUAGAUUUGGUUAUUUUUGGCUUUGCCACUGCAGUGUGUCACGCUAUGGCAGGAAACGAAGAAAUCCCGCCCCAGCAGAUGGCACAGCGCAAGAGGAAGGCAGUCUCUGAAGAUGGCGAGGAUGAGGACACAAGCCCAAGCAAGUUCUCAAGAGCCGAUGAUGACAAACCAGACAAAGAAAGGUUUGCAAGGGAGAACCAUAGCGAGAUUGAACGACGCCGACGUAACAAGAUGACUGCCUACAUCACCGAGCUGUCGGACAUGGUGCCAACGUGCAGCGCCCUCGCAAGAAAGCCGGAUAAAUUGACGAUCCUUCGGAUGGCUGUUUCCCACAUGAAGUCGCUACGGGGUACUGGAAACACAAGUACAGCCGGUACCUACAAACCAUCCUUCCUAACAGAUCAGGAGUUGAAGCAUCUCAUAUUGGAGGCAGCCGAUGGUUUUCUCUACGUUGUAUCAUGUGACAGUGGUCGAGUUAUCUACACAUCAGAUUCUAUUCUUCCUGUGUUGAACCAGACACAGACUGACUGGGUUGGUGCCUCGGUCUUUGAUCUCAUCCACCCUGAUGAUGCUGAUAAGGUACGGGAGCAGCUAUCAACGUCAGAGUCACCGACCAGCGGCAGAAUCCUGGAUUUGAAAACUGGAACAGUCAAGAAAGAAGGCCAUCAGUCCUCUAUGAGGUUCUGCAUGGGCUCUAGGCGCGGCUUCAUCUGCCGCAUGAAGUACGGCAACGCCCAGAUUGAUCCCAUGACUAUGGGGCGGUACUGCCACGCCCGCAACCGUAACAGUAUUGGGUCGACCAAGGACGGAGAACAGUACGCUGUGGUGCACUGCACGGGGUACAUUAAGAACUGGCCCCCACCAGCAGCUGCUACCGUCAUGGACCAGCCUGAAGCUGAUUCGGAGAGCCACGGCACCAACCACUACUGCCUUGUUGCCAUCGGCCGCCUGCAGUCCACCAGCACGCCAAACUGCUCCGAUAUCGGUGGAGCAGGAACACCUAAUGAGUUCAUCUCCAGACACAACCCCGAUGGGAAAUUCUCCUUCGUCGAUCAAAGAGUGACUGGUGUUUUGGGUUACCAGCCCCAGGAGCUACUGGGGAAGUCCAGCUACGACUACUACCAUCCUGAAGAUCAGGGGCAUCUCAAAGACAGUUUUGAACAAGCCGUUAAGUUGAAAGGUCAGGUGCUAUCGUUGAUGUAUCGCUUCCAAGCUAAGAAUAGAGAAUGGGUGUGGCUACGAACGAGCUGCUUCAGCUUCCAGAAUCCAUACACAGAUGAAGUGGAGUACAUCAUUUGCACAAACUCAGCCGUAAAAAAUAUCCAGCAGCCCCAUGCUAGUCAGGAACUUGAGUCCACCAGCCUCGGAGCCAAAGUAAAGGGCCCUGGAGAACCAGUCCCUUCCCUCACCCCCUACGGUGCCUACCCCAGGGGCAACACCACAGAGACCCUGGCUGACACCAGGCACCAGGGGUCCGAGAAGAACAACGCGCAGGAGUGCAAGUCGGAACCCGUCGGUCGUUUUCAGACCGAGAGUGGGGUGUACGCCGGAGUGAUGUCGCCCCCUCAAGGGGGCGUCAUGGCUGGUGGAAGUGACAAGCAGACACGAUCUCAUGCUCCUGGUUUCAACAGUGGGUCGUAUCCGCAGGUGAGGGCGCCCCAGUCAUACUCUAGGCAGGAGGAGACGGCGAGUGCAGCUAAGGGGCUUGGGGUGAUGGAGGACCCCAAUAAGAGUUACAGUCAGACACCAGCGUCUUGGACAGCUUCGCAGUACUCCUCACAGGUGGAGACUGCACAGCGCUCCGACAGAUUGAAUGCCCCGACUACCAGCCAAUCUGCAUCCUUUGGUCAGGCACCAAGUAAUGUGACUUCAUCCCCGGCACCCACGUACACCCAGUUGCAGACGUCGAGUGGGCGUAACACGGGUUACCCCUACCAACAGGAAAAAACUGUUCAAGGUGCCCCCACCUCUCAGAUGUCAUUCAGUGGCCGGCCAGAUCCCCAGCACCAGCAAGCCGUUGGGCGUAGAGACCCCGCCAUGUGGCAGCAGUGGCAGCAGUCCACAGUGGCCGGCAGCAGCCAACCAGAGACCCAGCAACCACCACCUCAGGAGGAGUUCCAUGACAUCUACCGUAUGCUGGAAGGGCAGCAGACAGCGCAGGCGUACGGCACCCAGGUGGAGGAGUUCAACGAUAUCCCAAUGUUUCCUCCGUUCUCGGAAUAGUUCUAACAAUUCUGCAUUACGGGAAUGCUCCAUUAUAAAAUUCCUAAGUUUUAGCCACAAAAAAAACAUGGGGAGUGAUAAUCCUUUUCACCAGUGCCCAAAUUCAUAAAGCUGUUGAGCAGAAAAUACUGCUUGACAACUUUCUUUGCUUAGCAAAAAUUGAGUGGGGC